UGGGCCCACCAACCCUUCUCCCUCCUUCCCAUUCCCGGCCAGCCACGCGCACCCACCCAUCAAUCCUCCAACCCUAGCAUCCUCUACAUCGCUAGGGACAUAGCCAACGUACACAACGCGCUCCUCCGCGACCUCAACGCCAUCUACCUACAACACUCAUCCGUCUACACCCCCACCGACAUCUCCGACCUCACCUUCUACAUCAAAGCCUGGGGCGACGCAGUGCAGCACCACCACCACGGCGAGGAAACCGUUCUAUUCCCUACGUAUGACGCAAUGGCGGAGGAGGUGGGGGAAAAGGACAGCGUUAUGGGAAGGAAUGUAGAGCAGCAUAGGCUUUUUGAACCAGGGUUUGUGAAAAUGAUGGAGUACAUUGAGGAAGUAUAG